AACCUGAUUUUAAGACUUUUAGGAGUUUGGUUCUGUUGCUUCCUUCUCCCAGCUUUGCCAAGGAAGAAAUAAGCUGGCACACAAAUCCGUACUGCAACUGACCACUGACAAGUCUCUCAUAAAGAAAAAGACUUGCAGCAACAGUACCUACUCACUGUAAUCACCACAGAAGAGACUUUUACAUUUCAUUGAAAAUAAGAAUUCUGUUUGGGGCAAUCAGGUGCAGGAGAUUACUUCUAGAAUAACAACAAGACCUUUUACAAAUCUGUGGAGUUUUUUUACUCUGAACAGUCAACUGCCUCUUGCUUAGAAGAGAAUAUAAUGAUUUUUAGGGUGAAUGCUUACAAUCCACUUUGAUAUAGCAGGAAGAUGGUUUUUAGCCUGUUAUUCAUUACAGGUUCACAUUUACUCCUGUGGCAUACAAAUCAAUAAUCUUAGCUGGGGUGUUUUUAUACACCUUGAGCCUUUUUCAGAGUCUGUGAUGGAUGAAUUACACUCAUGAACUUAAUGCUUACACAUUCCAUAAAAAUAGUCAGCUGGAGUCCACCAGUGCCCUACAGCUAGGAAGGCAGUUGUGUAUAAGUGGGUACUUAUUAGAUAUCAGCAUAUCACAUGAGCCAGUGCCCACCUAAAUUCUCUUCCAUCCAGCAGCCAGUCAUUUUACAGCAGCUUCUGCUUUUCCAGGUGCCUGGAAGUCUACCAGGCACCUGUUGCGCAGGAGCAGAUAACCUGAGCACUGGGAGAGUGAAUCUGAGUGCAUCCAGAGUGCUCUGGAGGGACUAAGUUGCUGUGCAUGCAAUUUGGAGUUGCCCUUUGCAUGUGGAGACACAUACAGACGCAAUCUGUCUGCCCAGGGAUGGAGCAUGCACCAAGAGGUGAUUUCUUCAAAGCUUUGAGAAUCCUGGAGGCCUGCCUGGUCUGUGAAUGUGUUGGUGGAAGGGAGAGGAAGGAGAAUAUUAAAUUAUUUUUAGAAGAGAGGAAGGAUGAUGAAGACCAAUUGUGCAGGUUUCAAAUUAGUGUGCACUGACAAAGCUGUAAUGAAUUGAGUAGUUUUAAAAAUGAGAAUUUCUGUUUGAUUUAUGCAAUGCUGAAAGGGCUGUCUGUAAGGUAAGUCACAGCUGGAGCAAUACUGAUACUACAAAUGAAAGAUGAAGGAAAUCAGAGCUCGUUAAGACAAGUGAGUGCUGUUUAUAAGAACAGCUCAAGAGCCACACAGGCUGUGCAGCCAGAAGGAGAAGGAACACAGGACUGUGGCUGAUGAGAAAGCCUUUGUGGGGGAUGGGAGCAUCAAGUAAAGUUUCAAAUAACAGAAGAAUAUACAACACAUUGGAACAUUGUUCUCGAAGUUUCUGAUACAUUCUAAAGUUGGGUGUGGAAAGUCCACGCUUAGGGGAAUUGGCAGGGCUGCAGGAGGAGGUGUUGCACUGGUAGGGCAGCCAAGAACCUGGGACUGGUCAAGAAGAACCAGCUACAGGGCAGAAUGGAUAUAGGAGUUUUAAAUAUUUUUUUCCUCUAUAUAUUCUUAUGAGAGAAUUGCUUUCAAACAGAAAGCAACAUCAUAAAGAGUCAAGUAAAGUAAAAACCUCCAAGCCUCAAGAAAAUCAGACUUGCCCAGACAAGCAAUUUAUACAAAAUGUUUUGAAUGUAGAUAAAAGUUGGGGCACCUGAAUUCACUCUUCUCAGGUUUCUUAUAAGCUGGUACAAUCUCAAAUUUCUUCAAACUACCAAUAUACUUUCCUAAAACUUCCAAAAAGUUCAGAAUCUCAAAAACUACCUUCCCUCUGCCAGAAAAAAAAGCAAAACCUGAAGCUGGAAAAUGCAAAAGGGAGAUAGAAUCAGUAAAACUAAACCUGAUAUUAAAAAAACCCACAAUGCAUUUAUUUUGUAGGCAGGGUUUUGACUCAUCAGAUACGUGUUGCUUGUUCGUUGCCUAUGCAGUUGGUUAAAAGCAUACAAAUUACCUCCCCACAAAAACCGCUUUCCUCCUCUCGGCUCUCCCCCUCCUCCCUGCUCACUGAUAAAAUAUUUUUAAAGAAGACCUGGAAGGGUAGGGGAAGCUCAGAGCCUCCCUCAGAGAGAGGAUGAGGACAGCUGGGCCAGAAACGGAACUUGCCCCGCUAUCAUCCAUGACUACAGUCACUUUCAACUAUGACUACUACUAUGAAGACCAGUGCCAGUACCAGCACCUGCAACAUAUGUCUACUUUCCUGCCUAUCCUUUAUAGUGCCGUGUUCCUGGUGGGCAUUAUUGGCAACUCAAUCCUGAUAGCAGCCUUGAUCUUCAAGCGGCGUGUCCAGAGGCUGAUUGACAUCUUUAUCAUCAACCUCGCUACAUCUGACUUCAUCUUCCUCAUCACACUGCCUUUCUGGGUGGACAUGGAGGUGUCAGACGAGACCUGGAGGGUAGGAUCUUUCCUGUGCAAAGCUAGUUCCUAUGUCAUCUCAGUCAACAUGUACUGCAGCAUCCUGCUCCUCACCUGCAUGAGUGCUGACCGGUACCUCGCAAUCAUGCACCCGUGUGUCGCACGACGGAUCAGGACAAGAUCCUAUUUUGGAGGACUCUGCAUCUCUGUCUGGGUAUUAUCCGGCUGCUUAGGGAUUCCAACCCUGUUGUCCAGAGAACUGAAGACUCAAUAUGGAAAGACUUACUGCACGGACAAAGCUGUGACAGAAGUCAAACAGAUCAUGUCACUGAUGCUUUUAAUCCUGGCCUUCUUCGUCCCACUGUUGAGUAUCUUAACCUUUUAUUGCUCCAUCACCAAGAGACUAUGUGUGCACUAUCAGAAGGCUGGAAAACGUGAUAAAAAGCUGAGAAAAUCCAUCAAGAUUGUCUUCAUUGUAGUGGCAGCUUUUGUUGUCUCCUGGGUUCCUUACAAUCUUUUCAAGCUUAUGGCCAUCCUUUUGCGGCUCCUGAAGCAGCCCAGCUGCUUUUCUGGCACGGUUGCCCAGCUGGGCAUGAAGGUGAGCAGCCCUUUUGCUUUUGCCAAUAGCUGUGCCAACCCUUUCAUUUACUUUUGCUUUGACAGCUACAUCCGCAGAGCCAUGCUCCAGUGCCUGUGUCCACGGGUGAAAAUGAGCAGCAACAGCUCUGAUACCCUGGACACCCACCUGAGCCAUUCCUUAUCCAGUUUUGUGGCAGGGGAAUAUUCCACGAGGAAGAGGAAGCGCUCUGUGUCCCUCUGACUGUGAGCUGGCACUGCGGAGGAAGGAACUUCUUUCUCCAAAGAUGGCAGGAAAAGAAAAAGAGAAACAAGCAACAGAGACAGGUGCAAGUGUAAUGCAACCAGCGCUUCAGGUGGGAGGAAUGUUACUUCCUUUUAAAUGCAGGUAGAUGGAAACCUUAACCACAGAAUUACUUCACAAGGAUUGCUGUGACAAUGUGUGAAUGUGAAGCCUUCAUACCAAAAAAUAGCUACAAAUGCUUAUGCUGGAACCCCAGUACAAAUGCUACAGAGAAGAACCAUGUGAUUAAGUCAAGGCCUCUCUGAGACGAGCUUUGAACUUAUGCAUAUAUAUGUUUUUAUUCUGUACAAGAAAAGCAACCCAGGUGUUUCUUUUUGGUUUCUAGUUUGCCCACAAAUAAUGUGCGAUGUCCUCAAACCAACCUGAUCAAUUCUGGGUUUUUGGAGGUUUUUUGAACUCAAAAAUCCAAUAUUUUAAUGAAUUUGUGUGUUACCAGUUCUCAUAACUCUAGUCUUGUGCAUUUUAAGUCUCAGCUUCUUUAUUACAGCAUUAAAUAAUUAGUUUUAAUCAUAACAAUUAAAGUGUUUAACCCUUCGGAUUUCAGAAAAAAUCAGAACUUGAAGGCAGAGAAACCAGGAGAUAAGCAAAACCUUGCAUUUAACCUUUCUCUUAAAGAAAAGAAGACCAACAAAAGCACUCUUGUGCUUUUUAAGACUUUUUUGAGGACUUGACAUAAUUUCUGGUUGCUCGGGUCAGAACUAAGGAGUCACUGCCUUCUACUAAGGAAAAGGACACAGUGAGUUCUAGAGUGAAAGGUUACACAGAUGCAAACCUGCUAACAGGCUUCAAAGGGAAGACAACUAUGUCAGCUAACACAGCUCAUGAAAAAACUGUCUGGACAGCAGAGAAAAAAGCCCUGGAGACUGGACAAUGGAAGUGGCAUCCCUCUGAUGUUACUGCAGCAUGUGCACAUUCACUAUGGUUUUUCACACCUCUGUGUUUUCUAAACGUCUGUAAACGGGAAUAACUCUUUUGAGUGUUACAAAUAAAUCCUGGUAUUUGCGUUUUGUGUUGAACCUUUUUGAACAGUUGACCUGUUUAAUGUCUGCAGAGAAACAAGAGCAGAACUCACACAAGGGCAACGCAAACCUAGAAACCUGCUAAUCUUGCCCAGCUCCCCAGCCAGGUCCACACUGGACCACUGGCUCGCAGAGCAGGUGGAGAGCUGGCUCUGUAGGCUCAGGGGAGGCAGAGGUGUC